UUACCGCAUAGCAUUCACACUGUAUUUUUGUCUGCCAUAAUUUCAAAUUCAAUGGAGUUUGCUGAAUGGAUUUGCAAAACACAUCAUCAGCCAUGUCAUGUUGUUUAUACAGAUUUUCGUCCCACACCUUUGCAGCAUUAUAUUUAUAUUGAUCAUUUAAAUGAAAUUUGCUUACUAGUUGAUGAAAAAGGCACAUUUUAUGAAAAUGCUUUCCAGAAAAAAAUUAGAGAACCUUUCAAUACAGAACCAAAAAAUUCUGAUAAUACCAAAUUAAGAAGAAAUAAUGUUCAUUCAAUGAUAAAGGCCUGUAUAAGUUCUAAUCUUGAUCCAAUUAUUGCAUUUGCAUUUUCAAAUAAGGAAUGCAAUAAUUUGGCAAUACAAUUGAAUAAAAUGGAUUUUAAUAAUGGCAAAACUAAAGUUGUGGACAAUGCUAUGGAUUUGUUAGCUGAGGAGGAUCGUCAAUUAAAAUCAAUACAUGAUUUAUUGUCAUUGUUAAAAUGUGCUGAAAUAUUGGAAAAUGAAUGGUCAUGUGUAAGUGGUAUUUGUCGUGAUAUUGCUGGUGGUGAAAUUGAGACGAACCUUGAAUUGCCAAAAGAUAUUGACACAGCAAACAUCACUAAAUGGUAUAAUAAAAUUUUGGAAAGUGUACGUUUAAGGUCUCCCGAAUAUUUUAUCGAUGACAACAAUUUUCCAUAUUUUAUAAAAGACUUGGAGAACACCAAUCACGUUCUUGUCUAUCCAGAUACUUUUAAUGAAGAUAAUGUCUGUUUUAUUGUUGAACAAUCUCUUUAUAAUCGAUCAGAACAAAUUCAAAAAUUACUUAAAGUUAUACUGACACCGUAUGAAAAAGAUGAUCAUGAAGAAGAGUUGAAAGGCGCAGAGUACAUACUUGUUUUGUCGCCAAGAGUACCUUUUGAAUGGAAUGGCUCAAUUAUGCUAACACAUAUGGCUAUCGAUUGGGUUAGCUUCAUAUGUGAUGACUGCAUUCCAAAUGAUCGUAAAACUUUUCGAUGGGCUGUCAUAGCUUUGGAAUUUGCCAUGGUAGCAAAUCGUGGAAGUAAUAUUUUUGGCUUAAGCGAAGAGGAAUUUAGUUUGCUUCAUAACAAAGUCGCGUGUUGCAUGGCUUUAUUAAUUUCACAUGUAGACAUUUUGGGCGCAAGAUCGUCAUCACACGAAGCCAAAGAACAAGAAGAAAUUAUUAUGGGCAAAGAAUUUUCAAAAGCACCUGGUUCCGCAAAAAAUAAAAACUCCAGUGAUUUUUCUUUGAGUGACUCUGAGAGUUCGUUGAUUGUUCGAGAAGAAUGGGUGGUUUCUUUAAAAGAAUUAGAAGCACGGCGGUCUCAAAAAUUGCAAGACUUGAGGCUUGUUGGGAAAGUUCUUGAUAAUGAUCAACCUGAGAAUCGACCACUUGUUUUUUUAGCUUCAUCAAGUUCCAACAUUUCUCUACGCUGGCAGCAAGGAAAAUUCAUAGGCGGUGGAACUUUUGGCUCAGUUUAUUUGGCCGUUAAUUUAGAUACUGGUGAUUUAAUGGCAGUCAAAGAAAUCCGUUUCCAAGACCCCUCGUCUCUUUCAACUUUAUACAAGUCAGUUAAAGAAGAAAUGUCUGUUAUGGAAAUGCUUGACCACCCGAAUAUUGUUUCAUAUUAUGGCAUUGAGACCAGCGGUUGUACUUCCUUAAUGGUUUUUAGUAACAAGUUCCGACGAUUGAUUUUCUAUAAAUCAAAGUCAAAGUUUAAUCCAAUAACUACAAUGACAACAAUAACAUCUGUUCCAUCAACGCCAUCAUUAUGGGUAAAGCCAGUUUUAUUGACAGAAGUACCAAAAGAUCAAGAACCAUCAUCACCAGUUUCUCCAGAGAAAAAAUCAAGAAUCAUUUCCACGCCACAAGGUGGUUCAAUCAAAUUAAAAAAAAUGUCAAUCGAAGAUCGUGAGAGGUGGUUUGAAGCAUUUAAGAAACCACAUGAGCGUAGUCAACCAAUGAUCAGUUCACAAUUGGCUGGAUGCAAUAGAAAGGUCUUUUUAGGUGUAAAUAAUAAGGUGCCUGUGCUUUCAUCUAGAUAUGUUGUUGGACACUAUAGUCGGGAAACUUCAACAUAUUUCAAUAAUGCUUAUUCAAAAUACUAUGCUCCACGACCUGAAGAAAUUAUUGAGUUUCUUUGUCGCCAUCUCCAGUAUCCAAAAAAAACAGACAAAGAUGGCUAUGUAAAAGUUAAAUGCCCAACCUGUCGUCCAAAAAAAGACAACUAUUUUUCAAUGAUGAUUAACACAAAUAAUGGAACUUUUGAUUGUUUAUCUUGUUCAGAAAAGGGUACUUGGCAUGACUAUUUGCAGAUGUUAAAUAAAACCGAAUCAUAUAGAAUUACUGGUUCAAAAAAAAAUCCUUUCGAAGAAUCAAAUACUGAAUUUACAGAAGUAUCAAACUAUAAAAAUGAGUUAUCAAACCAUUCAGAAGUUAUCGCUCAUAUUUUAGAUAAAUUUAAAAUUACUUAUGAUACAUUAAGACAUUAUGAAGUUGGUAUGGCAAGAUAUAUUAAUAACAACCCUACAGUUCCAAAUAUUCCUCAAAGUUGGUUAAAGGGCCCAGAAGAUCAAAAAUAUGGUGAAUUAUGUAUAACAUUUCCAAGAACUGUUCCUUCUUUUAAAGACUUUAAGGAUUAUACAGAAUUAAAAACAUCAAUAGCAAGAAUUAAAGCCUGUUCAGUUAAUAGAGAUUUUGAAUUAGUAGCAUAUGAUCCGCCAUCAUUUCGGGCAGGCCUUUUUGGAUAUCAUUUGGCAUCAUUAGAAACUGAAGCAGUAAUAUUAGCUGGAAAUGAAUUUGAUGCAAUGGCAGCAUACCAGGAUACAAAAAUACCUGCUUUUUGUUUACCUACGGAAAGUAGUCAAUUACACCUUCAAAUUCUUCCUUUGUUACAAAGAUUUUCUAAAAUUUAUGUUUGGUUAGAUGAUGAUGUUAUUGGUCAAGAUAUGUCAGAAAUGUUUGUCAAGAAAUUGGGUAUUGAGCGUUGUUUAAUAGUGAAUACACGUUGUGGUAAUUUAGACGGACCACUCAAUGCUAGCCAAGCAUUAAUAGCGGGAAGAGAUCUGAAUCAAAUACUUUCUAAUUCUAAGCCAUUACCACAUGAGCAAAUCAUUAAUUUUGAUCACAUUAAAGAUGGAGUAUAUAGAGAAAUCAUUAACCCAGAUCAAGUUCGUGGUGUCAUGUCUAAUGAUAUACCUGCAUUAAAUAAAACACUUAAAGGGCAUCGACCAGGUGAAAUGACUAUUUUUAGUGGUGGGACUGGUACAGGAAAAACUACUGUUUUAAGUCAACUUUCUUUAGAUUAUUGUAUAUCAGGUGUUAGUACAUUGUGGGGAAGUUUUGAAAUUCCAAAUGUAAGAUUAGCAAAAAAAAUGUUGCAACAAUUUUCUGAAAAAGAUUUAUCACAACAUCCUGAAGAAUUUUCUGAAUGGGCUGCAAAAUUUCAACAGUUUUUUGGUAGUACAGAAAUUGAUACUGUCAUCGAAGCAAUGAAUCAUGCAACAUUCGCUUACGAUGUUCGACAUAUAAUCAUAGAUAAUUUACAAUUUAUGACAUCAGAUUUGUGUCGAUUCAAUGAUAGGUGGGAAUAUCAUGAUCGUACCAUAUCAAAAUUUCGUAGCUUUGCAACUGAGAAAAAUGUUCAUAUCACAUUGGUAGUACACCCAAGGAAAGAUAGCAGAGAUUUAUUAGAUAUUAAUUCAAUAUUUGGAUCCGCUAAAGUGUCUCAAGAAGCAGAUAAUAUUGUUAUUCUUCAAAAAAUAGCAAGAGAUGAGGGCGAGUUUAGAUAUUUGGAUAUUAGGAAAAACAGGUGA